CGCCAAUAACAACCCAGUACUACUCCCGCCCUCUGGCUAAAGCUCGCGAGCGACGGUGGACGAUACCAAUGGACCCUUAGAGGUGGUCUGAGCGACAGCCAAAAUAACCAAUUAAUACGAGGUUCCCUCGAUCCCGGAACCCCUGUUCCCAGGCUAUGACCCCCAGUGCCCCAUAGACCUGGCGGGCCCCUCGCGCUUGCGACCCCUAUUUGUGGGUCUGGGUUGCUACUGGAGGGCCUUGCAGAGGGGCAGAGAAGGCAGGACCAUGGCAUCUAGGGCCUCUGAACCUCCCCCAGGGCGCAGCAUGACGGCGGGCAUCAUCAUUGUUGGAGAUGAGAUCCUCAAGGGACACACUCAGGACACCAAUACCUACUUUCUGUGCCGGACACUGCGCUCCCUGGGCGUCCAGGUGUGCCGAGUCUCUGUCGUACCUGACGAGGUAGCCAUAAUUGCGGCUGAGGUCACGUCUUUCUCCAGCCGCUUCACCCAUGUCCUCACAGCAGGGGGCAUCGGCCCCACCCAUGAUGAUGUGACCUUUGAGGCAGUAGCGCAGGCCUUUGGGGAUGAGCUCAAGCCACAUCCUGAGCUGGAAGCGGCCAUCAAAGCCCUAGGAGGGAAGGGCUGGGAGAAGCUGUCUCGGGUGCCCUCCUCUGCCUGCCUGCAUUACGGCACAGAUCCUCACACUGGCCGCCCCUUCAGAUUCCCACUGGUCUCUGUCCGAAAUGUCUACCUCUUCCCAGGAAUUCCGGAGCUGCUGCGGCGGGUGCUGGAGGGGCUGAAGGGACUGUUCCAAAAUACAGCUGUUCAGUUCCACUUGCGGGAGCUGUAUGUGGCAGCUGAUGAGGCCUCUAUCGCCCCCAUCCUGGCUGAGGCCCAGGCCCACUUUGGCCGCAGGCUUGGCCUGGGUUCCUACCCUGACUGGAGCAGCAACUACUAUCGAGUGAAGCUGAUACUGGACUCAGAGGAAGAAGGGCCCCUGGAGGAAUGCCUGGCCUACCUGACUGCCCGCCUGCCCCAGGGGUCGCUGGUCCCCUACAUACCUAAUGCUGUGGAGCGGGCCAGUGAGGCUGUGUACAAACUCACCGAGUCAGGGUCUUCUCUGGGGGAAAAGGUGGCAGGUGCUCUACAGACCAUUGAGAUGGCCUUGGCUCGGUACAGCCUCACCCAGCUGUGUGUGGGCUUCAACGGGGGCAAGGACUGCACCGCCCUCCUGCACCUCUUCCACGCUGCUGUGCAGAGGAAAUGCCCUGAUGCUCAAGAACCCCUCCAGAUCCUGUAUAUCCGCAGCAUCUCCCCUUUCCCCGAGCUGGAGCAGUUUCUACAGGACACCAUCAAAAGGUACAAUCUGCAGGUCCUGGAGGCUGAGGGCGACAUGAAGCAGGCCCUGAGCGAGCUGCAGGCACGGCACCCCCAGCUGGAGGCUGUCCUGAUGGGCACCCGCCGCACUGAUCCCUACUCCUGCAGCCUCUGCCCCUUCAGCCCCACAGACCCAGACUGGCCUUCAUUCAUGCGCAUCAACCCGCUGCUGGACUGGACCUACCGAGACAUCUGGGACUUUCUGCGUCAACUGUUUGUCCCUUACUGUAUCCUGUAUGACCGAGGCUACACGUCGCUGGGGAGCCGGGAGAACACGGUGCGGAACCCGGCCCUGAAGUGCCUGAGCCCAGGAGGGCAGCCCAUCUACCGUCCGGCCUACCUGCUGGAAAACGAAGAAGAGGAGCGGAACUCCCGCACAUGACCUCCCGCCCACUGGAGGAGGGAGGGAAGGGGGGCGUCCCGCGGUGUAGCCUGUCAAUAAACCACCUCUCAUAUGCCUGUU